CAUGUGGAGGGUGUGAAUGAGGGUGUUGGGGAGAAGAGUAAGAGUGUGAAGAAGGGGAGGAGGAAGAGGGCUGUUGAGGUUAUUAGUGCGGAUGAGGAGGGGGAGAAGAAGGCGAGGGGACGGCCUAGGGUUGAUACGAAGGAUGAGACGGCUGCUGAUGUAUGUGUUGCGCAUUUCAAGUCUUUUUCUGACGAUGAUGAUGGGCAGCGGUUGAGCUGGGUGACGUGUUUAAUGUUUGAAAGCUGACUUUUGUGAUGACAGAGGAGACGGACUCAGAUCCGGAUGGCGCAGAGAGCUUACAGACACCGGAAAGAGACGACUAUUUCUUCUCUGGAGAAGAAGGUACAGGAACUGAGAGGUACGAAUGAGGAAAUGAGUAAUAUCUUUAUUUCCCUCUAUGAUUUCGCGGUGGGGAGAUCACUCCUUCAACGAGAACCUGAGUUUGGACAGCAUUUGCAAUCGGCCACGGAAAGAUUCCUCGCUUUAGCGAAACAAAGCGCAGAAGAUUUGAAUGGAGAAGAUGGAAGUGAGGAACCUGAAAGACAUGAUUCUAUCCCGGAAGACCUGGAACCGCCUGAAAAGAAAGGAAGACGUUCUCCACCGAAACCUCGUCAAGAACCAGAGCUGCCGCCGCCUCUUACCGAAACUCCUCCCUGGGGCGGUUAUACAAUCGAUCACUCAAAUAGUCCAAUUCAAGAACCUCAACAAAACUUUCAGCCGCAAAUCUAUCCCGAGAUAAAUCAUCAACGGGAUUUGCAGGUGAUCACUCGUCCUACCGAGGAUAAUGCGAGCUUUCCUUUUGAUUUUAUGGAUUUGCAACAGCCCAUGCAGCAAUAUCGAGUUGAGGUACCACAAGUUGAUGACUUUUCGCAGUUUUUCCUUCCACAGUCGCAGCUUCCUUUGCCAAAGACAAAUGCAUACCAGGAGAUUUCUUUCGCUAGACGACUUACCAGAACAGCUUUGGAAGGAGCAUUAAGACUUGCUAUGCAAGAAAAUCCAAAUCCCACCACAUGGAAACGAGCAUUUGGGUUCUCUAAUCGAUAUGAGAAGAAAGAAGCCAUCAAAGCUCGACUUAUGAGAAGGCUGGCAGCAACAAGAAAUGAUACCCUUCAACACUGGCAGGCACCCUUUACUCAUGUAGGGGGUGCAGGGACUUUUUAUCCUUGGGAUAACACCAACGAGGACUUUGUACCGAGAUUUCGGACGGGAUAUUCCAUGGGUCCAUUCACGCCUGAGGUCACUCAAGUAGAAGAGGUUCUGGAUGACGACAUGCAUUGCAAGCUGCCCGGCCUAGAGGGAGAAUUCUUCGACGCAAACGACGUGGAAGGAUAUCUCAAGAGUCGAGGUCUUGAUAUCCCCGGUUCAGCUGAGACGGUCACGGCUCAGAUUGAUCUCUCGGUCAUUUCAGAACUGGGCGAAUCAAAUAGCUCAUCGGGGAGUAGUGUAUCGCCGUUGACUCCCGAGAAUGGCGGGGAUGUGGGGAUGCAGAUGUAUAGUCUGGACCCGCAGAAGUUGGAUAGUGAAGCGUAUCCUUUCCCGUUGGCUUCACCGCGGUUCAGCUCUGCGGCUAGGAAUAGGGAGAUGGAUCCGUCGUUUUUCGCGCUUGCUGGGCAGGAAUUUGCCGCUGCGAGGGAGAGUGCGAAGAAGACUAUCACGUUGCAUGUUCAGACUUUGGUGGACCGUAUGUAUCACUCUCAUCUCCCCAAUUCUUCAAAGUCGCUAAUGAAUCUAUAGAAAUGGUUCGUCGAGCAACAUGUUUGGGUAGAACUCCAGGAUUUCGUCUCUCCGAUGUAAACGCUGCGAUUGUUGCUGCCGUCACUGCUGGUAGUUAGUGUUGAAGCUAGAUACCAAGAUUAUAGACUACCACGAUGGUCAUUUCGGCAGAUUAUCUUUCCAUGAUGAAGUGAAUUACAUUAAUGUCCUUCACGAUGUCUUCACGACUAAAGUAGUGCGUUUGUACCGACGCACCUUUAAAGCGCUGGUGGGUGAAGGAUAUACCGAAUCUGCUUUCCUCGCUUGUUCUCCCGAGAUCUAUAUUCUAUUCACCUUUUUACUUGGAAGCUGGAUUUCAUACGCUGUCAAUUACCCCGAGUCUUAUUCCCUGUUUUUAUAUUAUAACUGUAUUCUCAAUCUUUCUUUCUAGCCUUCAAAGAACUCCCCACCAUCCGACUGGUUCCCAACGGGAUCCCACAAUGGCCCAAAUCCAAACCCAAUCCACGACUACCCACCUACACUUCCCUCACGACCCCAACACAGAGCUCCUCCACCUCUCCACCAAAGCCCGGAAAUACGUGCACCUCAUCUGCACCACAGAUUUCAAAGCGCACCUCCCAUCCCCCUCGUCACCCCUCAAUUCUAAAUCCAACACCAAACACAAACACAAACACAAACACAACCCCAAACGCGUCUCCUUCUCCUCCUCCCACACCACCCACUCCUGGCCCAAAAACGUCUCAAUCCUACGUGGUUUAUAUGGAAAUACCCAAAACACACGCGCAACCGACCUCCCCCCCUCCGCCUCUAAAGCCUCACCCACCUCCUCAAUCCUAAAAAAAGAGAAGGAAACAGAUAUCGAAGUAGAACCCGAACCAGAACACCCCAUCCCCUCACGGCGCCACUCCUUCCCCCUCGCCCGUCCCAAACUCGGGGUCUUUCAUAAACUCUCCGAGCUAGUAUCAAGAAGUAAACGACGCCUUUCCCAAACAUUUGUUGGGAGGUUAAGAGAAGAGGAAGAGGUAGAUACUGGGGAAGGGGACUACAAUCCUAAUAAUGAUAAUAAUCAUGACCUCGCCAUCUUCGAUUUCGGCGAUGCACUCACCCCCCUCCCCUUCCCCACGAACCCCCAUGGGCCCCCGUUACGACGGUAUUCCAGUCCGGAAAUCGAUCUGAUUUGUCCGUUUGAACACCCUGCGGAUAGGAAUACUCGGUUCGAAACACCGACCCAAAACCAUCUCUCUUCUUCGCCCUCUCAUGAGAAGAGAAAGUUCGCAGUGCCGAAAGGGAGUGGUGAGCUUGUGAGGGCGGUGACGGAGAAGGUACGAAGGCU